AUGGGUGGCGUUAAAGCGGUUAGACUUGCUGUUGAUAAGUACAAGAUGGUUACUGGUUAUAAGAUUAGUAUUCUUAAAAUGACAAGACUCGUUUUACUGAAAAGUGCCAAGAAGAUGGUUGUUCUUGGAGGAUUCACUUUGGGCCUGUUCAAGAGUCCUGCGGUGACAACCAAGUUAGUCAAGCAUUUGAUCGCUGACAAUAUACGGCGGGAUCCUAGUUUAAAACCCAAUCAGAUCAUGUCACUUUUUAAAAAGACUUAUGGGUCCAAUAUUAAGUAUCACCAUGGCCGUAGAGGGAAAGAAGCCGUAUUUGAACAACAGUUUGGUGAUGACGAGAAAUCGUAUAGAAAUUUAGCUUGGUAUCCUAGGCCCAUGAUUUACUUGGACGCUACUUUCCUUACUGGUAGAUUCAGGGGUGCUUUGAUAGCUGCAACAUGUGUCAAUGGAAACAACGGUUUUUACCCAUAUGCUUUUGCUCUUGUUUCCGCUGAAAAGAAAGAAAAUUGGUUUUGGUUUCUGGAGAAUCUUAAACAAUACAAUCUUCCUAUUGGAUCAUGUGAUGCAAAUUCCAAGGUCGUUAUUGAUUUGUUUUACAAAGCUGUUUACUCUUACACAACAGCUAACUUUGAAGAAGCUUUGCGGGGCAUGCAUGCAAUUGGAUGUGGACAUGUUGCUAAUUAUAUCAGGACUAUUCCAAAGGAGAAAUGGAAAAAUGCAUUUUUCCUUGUAUGCAGAUAUACUACUCACUCUUCAACUCUUUCUGAGUCAUUUAACAACUGGAUUGUUGAUAUCAAAAAGUUGCCUGCUUUUGCUCUUCUUGAUGCGAUACGGUGA